AUGACCCCACUCGAGAUCAUCGGCCUCGUCAGUGCCAUCAUCACAUUCAUCGACUUCGCGGCCGAGAAUGUCACGGUGGCACGGGAGAUUGGACGGAUCGGGUCCGCGACGUUCAAAGACAAUGCUGAUCUGGAGCGUCGGGUUAAGCUUGUCGAGGAGCACGUCGCGGGACUCACUCCGAAGGGUAUUGGUGCGCCAAGGGAUACAAAUGAGGCCCAGCUGCUGGAUCUUGUUGAGGAGUACAAGAGCCACACAGUUCAGCUGAUGACCCUCCUGGCUGGGCUCAAGUCAACCAAAAAGCGCCACAUUCUAUCCAAGAUGGUCAAGGACUUUCGGAAGAAGGAUGAAAAGGAGACACUCCAGAAAGAGUUGGAUGAUUGCAGAUCCAGGAUCCAUUUGCAACUCACUCAAAUAACGAGAGCGGAAUUGAGUCGCCGCCUCGAUGAGAUUUCGGCCCAAGGACACAUCAACGCGACUGAAAUGCAGCAUUUGGGCAAAAAUAUCGAGGGGCUGCAGUCCAACAUCGAGCUAUGGAAACAUGUUCCGGGUUUGGUGGAAAGUGUCCACGAUAUCCUGUCCCGCUCGAAGGAGGCUGUCGAAAGCACUGCCCAGCGCUUGAUUUUGGAGAAGCUGUAUGUCGGUGACAUGACGAGGAGGUUCGAUGAGAUUGAACGCGCCCACGAAAAGACAUUCUCCUGGCUUUUGGGCUCGUGCACACCGUCCACAAGCGAUUUCGAUUCGAGCGAUGGGUCCGAGACCAGCCAUAGCGAUGGCUCAGGCCAUGUGUCUCGAGGAGAGAAUGAGUCGCCGAACGAAGGCAGCCAGAACUCCGAUCAAUUUGAGGUACCAGGCGCUGGUACAUCAUUAGACGACUCUUCCUACGAGGAUUCCGAUCAUCAGUCACAAAUAUCCUCAGAAAGAACUGCUCGAGAGCUUCAAGCACAACAAGAUCUGAUAGACUGGUUAGCUCGUGGAGGAGGCAUCUUUCAUAUCUCUGGCAAACCUGGUGCAGGAAAAUCGACAUUUAUGAAGUACCUCUGCCAAAGCCCUGCUACGGAAUCCUAUCUCAAAGACUGGGCUGGAGAAAAGACGCUGAUUUUGGCAAACUUCUUCUUCUGGAAGCUUGGGUCCACAGCUCAAAAGUCUUUAGACGGACUGCUUCGGGCGCUUUCAUACUCUAUCCUGGAGCAAGCCCCAACGCUGCUCGAGACCGUUUUCCCAAAGCAGUGGAGAAAAGCUACGCAAGGAAAGGCAUUUUCAAUCCAGAGCUCCGAGAUCGAGUGGGCAUUCUCCCAUCUGUUGCGACAAACAGCAUUCUUUUCCUCACACAAGAUUGCAAUCUUCAUCGACGGCCUGGAUGAAUUUGAUGGAGACCAUGACAAGAUGAUAAAGAUGCUUCGAUAUUGGUCUAAGAGUGUCCCAGAAAAUAUAAAGCUGUGCGUUUCAAGCCGUGAAUGGGAGGUCUUUCGACGGAGGCUAGUCAACUACCCUGGAAUUCGCCUACAAGACAUCACGAGCCGAGACAUCGAAGCGUACAUCAACAGCGAAUUAUCCGACAAUGAAGAAUUCAGAUCAUAUUCUUCGGAGAACCCAAGAGUUGAACAUCUCAUAGAUCAGAUCAAGGACAAAGCCGAAGGCGUGUUUCUCUGGGUGAAGAUUACACUGAGAGGUCUUAAAUGGGGUCUUCUUUCUGGGGAACGAGUGGAAGGUCUCGAGGCAAGACUCGAAGCUUUGCCUACAGGCCUUGAAGAACUCUUCGCGUCAAUUCUGGCAUCCAUAAGAACCGGGACUCACACCAACAAGAAGGAUAGAAUGAGGGCGAUGCGAAUGAUUCUCCUCGCAGCGGAGAAGGAGAAGAGACCCCGUACGAGACGACGAAACUCACCCCUGAGUUUAACAGAACUUGCAUUCCUAGACGAUUAUGAGAAGGAUCCCAGCUUCGUUUUCAGCUUUCCAGCCACAAAAGACGCCACUGGAACUUGGGUCUCAAGACAAGAUAGGGCUAGGCGGUUGGUCUACCAACGUUGCAUGGGCCUUCUUGAGGUACAAUCUCUUAGAGGUGAUGAUCGACCACGAUUGAUGAGGGGUGUAUGUGACUUCCUCUUGGGGUUUGCACAGCUUUCUGAGCAAAUCACAUCGCGGGACGAGAACAAGUACAAAAUAAACGAAAAUCUCAAUAGCGAAAUCAAGAGCAGCCUGCAGAAUGGAACUGCACGAAUCCACCGAGAAGACCACCUCGAGAUCAUCGACAAGGCGGACGGUGCAUUUCUGCAUAAUCAUGCGUGGUACAACAACCCUGGCAAGCUCAAUGAUGAACACCCUUCCAGCGAGCUGGUUGUGUGCACACAUCGAUCCGUGUUUGAGUUCUUGUCGCAGCCACACAUUAAAAGUCUCAUCGACGCCGAAGCCCAGUCCUUCGACUUGGCUGAUUUCCGACUCCAGGCUUUCUUGGCAUCUUUAAAACUAUUUCGUCCCUGCAAGUGGUUCGUCACGAGAAAACUGAUCCGCAUUCUGAAAGUUCAAACCCCGACUCCAAGCAUCGGACCAUAUAUAAGUCGAACAGGACCGUUUGAACUCGAUCUAUCCGAACUACUUUACGCCAUAGAGACUGAUGGAAGCUUGGGUAUUGCUGUAUACGUCGAUCUUAUGGCAGACUCAUGGCCGAUCAGCUUGGAUAGUGGGUUUUACCAACUAGGACGUCGAAGCAAACGGGACAUGUAUUACAACAUGCUUCUGGACUUCUGCCUACCUGAGAUCUUUGAUUUUUCCUUCGAAAAGGACUGGACAAAGACAUCAUAUGAAAUGAGGACAUGCGACAUCCUUCUCCUCAAACGCAACUCGGACGAGAAACACUAUCCAGGCGUUUUCGAAAUACCCGGAGGAAAGGUCGACGCAACGGACCCAAAUAUCUGUGACGCCAUCAUACGCGAGGUUAUCGAAGAGACCCAAAUGAAGGUAUCGGAUAUUACCACUCCGUUGUCUCACAUAGGAUACACCACGGAGAAGCUCGAAAGAACAACGACAGGGCAAGAGAAGAUCGUGAAGCGCCAUGCUCUCCAGCUGAGCUAUGUUGUUAUGGUCGAAGGAACAGACUUCCAAGUUGAGAAGAAGGAGCACUCGAUGGGGAUUUGGGCCACCCGUGACAGUCUCAAUCAGAUUCCCAUCACCUCGGAAAUGAAAAAGCUUGUGUUGGAAGCUCUGGACUUUGCGGACGGCGUACGAAAAGCACUUUCACGAGAAGAAAAGCAUCUGUCUACAAGACGAAAGUACGGAGUCAGGAACGUUUGA